UAUUUAGCCGCACCCUUCGUCUCUCCACCCAAACCAAAACCACCAUCUCAUCAUCGGAAAAUUCAUCUCAAAAAAUCACCAGUGAUCCCAAUCCACUACUACGGCGAGAGCUAGCUCGAUGGAGGCAUCGCCGCCGACGUCGCCGUCGUCGCUAAGGCACAGACUGAGGACGACGGUGUGCUGCUGCUUCGGCUCGCCGGGGGAGCGGCGGAGCGGGGAGAAGCUGAGGUGGAGGCGGCGGGUGGCCGCGGGGGAGUUCGGGUACGACCCGCUCAGCUACGCGCUCAACUUCGACGAUGGCGACGGCGACGACGACGCCGCAGACGACGCCGCCGCGGCCUUCCGGUACAAGAACUUCUCCUCCCGGCUCCCGCCCUCGCCGGUGGCGGCGCCGGCGCGGCGGUCGACGGCCAUCGCCAUCUCAUGAACUGUACCCCACCUGUCUCCUCCUCCACGCCCUAACUCUUCUUCACUAUAGAGAGAUUAAACUGUGUACUCAUGAUUAAACUACAGCAUCAAAAAUUGUGAGAUUAUUACUACACUAUUAGCUUAGAGGAAAUGUUCCCAUGGUUUCGACACAUGGUUUCCUAUGUAAUUCGAUACAUAUCGAGAUGUUUGUGAAAAAUUGGUGAUGUAUCCCAGAAUUGGGGCGAUUUUAGUCUUGAAAAAAAAUCUCUCCCUCCUUUUACCGCGGUA